CUCGCCUCAAUUUCCAUUCCCCACCUCCUCCAUUCUACGUCACGCCUCUUCUUCUUCUUAUUCUUCCUCUAGCUAGUAUUAGUAAUUGUGGUUCAUGUGAGGGGCAAUUGCGUAACUAGGUGUUAUCUUAACACAAAGCUGUAAGUUAGGUUAACUAAAAAGUGACUAGUGAUAACUGAUAAGAGAGGCAUGAGUUGCAACGGGUGCCGAGUCCUUAGGAAGGGUUGCAGCGAGUCAUGCAUCUUAAGGCCAUGCCUUCAGUGGAUCGAAACCGCCGAGGCCCAAGGCCACGCCACCGUCUUCGUGGCCAAAUUCUUUGGUCGCGCCGGCCUCAUGUCCUUCAUUUCCAAUGUCCCUGAGCCCCAAAGACCCGCUCUUUUUCAGUCUCUACUUUUCGAAGCAUGUGGGCGAACGGUUAACCCGGUUAACGGUGCCGUUGGACUACUGUGGACUGGAAACUGGCACGUGUGCCAGGCCGCCGUUGAAACGGUGCUCCGAGGAGGCUCCCUCAGGCCUAUGCCGGAGCUACUCGGUCUCGACGCGCCUGUUCCUGUCGCUGUUGACGCCGGCUCCGAGGGGGAAGUCACGUGCGCUGACGCGCGGAAGCUCCGAGAUCCGAACCCGAGUCCGAACAUAAGGUUCACGAGCUCCCGAUCUGGUAAAGAUAGUUCCGGCGGGAAGCGGAAGCGAUCGGAGGAGUUGAUGAUGACGACGGCGGACCUUAACCUUCGGCUGACGCCGAGUGCCGUGCAUAGCGGUUGCCGGCAGGAAAUUCGGCGGCCGGGAACGCCGUCGAUGAAUUCGGAGGAAUCGGUGACGACGAUGGCGUGCUUGGAGAGCGGACUCGGAGAUAACUACGCUCACGGCGGAGACCGGAAAGUCCUCAACCUUUUCAUCUGAGGGCUCUCUCUGUCUUUCUCGCUUUCGCUCUCUCUGAGAUUCGCGUUUUUCUGAAUCCAGUUAAAGGGUCACGCACUAGCUCGUAGUUGUAAUAUUUUUCGAUAUUAAUCUUCUCUCUCUUUUCGUUAAUUUUGAUCGCUUUAUUUUGAAAAGAGGGUGUUCCCGGAGUUGUAAUCCGGUGAGAUUUUGUAAGAUUCAGGCAUCGGAUUUCUCUAUCGUUCUUGUAGGGUGGGAGAGAAAGAGGAGGGUUCGUCGGUGAUAAGUUUUGCUCUAUCAACUCUGUUCAUACUUCAUAUGAUGGUGUGACAUAAAUAUAUUAAAUAAUUAUAAUUAUAAUUAUGUACACUUGUUCCCUUCUUU